GUCGCUACCGCUUCUAGCGGGACCGAUCCAGACGCGACGGCGCCGUCACGUGACCUCCUCGUCGAGUGUUUGAAAACGCCGCGCCGUGCGCCGGAGGAGCCAGAUCGAGCCUUGACAGCGCGCAGCGCGCAUCGCGCCUCACCUGCCAGUGUCAGCUCGUGCGUCCCUUCCUUGCUGUACGCGCCGCACUUCUACCAGCCGUCAUGGAAGUUGCCAUGUCCCCCGCCUUCGAGCGCCUGAUGCCUUCGCCGGCCGCAUCCAGGGUGUCGUCUUCCGAGGAGUCGUCCUCCUGGAGGAGGCCCGACGCCGGAGAAGUCCUCUCCGGAGCCCUUGAUCUUGUCGGCAACGUCCACGGCAGCUCGCGCCACGUGUUCGUGCGAGUCUACCGCACCAGCCGGGAGCACUUCGCCGUGCUGCUGCCCCUGCGCGCCCUGGCCAGCGCUUGCAAGCCCCUGGCGAGCCUGAACCUCCGCACGUGCGUCAUCCUGCAAACGUCUCACGACGAAUUCCGCGUCUCCCCGCGGCCCCUGGAAGGCGCCACGCUGUGCUUCAAGUCGCCUCCCGGGUCUCCCCCGGUCGCUCACUGGAUCGCCGCUCUCCAGGAGCCGCGUCACCAGCGCGGACGCUGUCCCGGGUCCCCGCUGCUCGCCGUGCACAAGAUGCCUGCGCUGCUCGAGGAGGACAACAUGCAGCCUGUGUGUUGAAGGAAGCGGUGCUCUUGCGACCUGGAGUGGUGCUAAUACGCCGUUAAUUCUUUUUUUAAAAAAAGCGGCUGACCAGAAGUUCCUUCCUUCUCCAAAUGGAAGUCGCCUGCGACCUCUAACAAGGAAGAUCGAAGAGGUGCGACUCGAACCCGCGGACGUCCGUGGAUGACCCACUUGGACGAGUUGUUGUUGCUCCAGCUCCGCUCCGAGGGAGGAGCCCAAAGUUUUGGUGUCCGCUGCCCUUGUACAUACCAAACAGCCACAGCCGUCCUUCCUACCUGGGACAGCUGAGGCACGGGCAAGUUGCUAUGGGCAUUCCUCGGAGCAUCAGAAAAGAAAGAUCACCGCGGAGGCGUCUGACCUACUCUCUCCGCGGAAGAAAACCAAAGCUGCAAGGCCAAAGUGUCUCUCUCUGUGUAUAUAGCGUGUUACGAAGGACUCGUUUCUUUUUGUCGUUUUUGUAACACUGAUAUGGGACUAUACGCUCGUUGUGCGCCGGACUCGAAGAACCUACAUCGCCGGUUUGCUGCAGCUUCCGAGGACCCACUAAGCCACGGAUUGCGUGCCGCGAAAGUGCUGCUCACCGCCGCUGUAAACAAGGGGCCCCUGCGAGAGCAGGAAAAAAACAACAGCUCCAUCGCCGGGCGGCGCAGAUGCGACGACGACCACAACAGGGGAAGCCCCGCGGCCGCAAGUAUAAUAGCGCGGCAUCCUGUGAUAGAAAAGACGUACACAACCCUUCACCAAGCACAUCGUUAGCAGUCAACGUGCGGUCUUUAUAUGUGAAAUAAAUAUCAUUUUUUUUACUCGUUGAAAAA